GCCUUAUGAGCUUGAGUCAUGUUGAUUCAUCAAAAAUCGCAAACCAAGAAAAAUAGAAGACGCACAUGGCUGGAAAUUUUCUAAUUCUUCAAAGAUAGUCGAAAUUUCAGUAUGCCAGCGUACUUUCUUAAACCAGAGAAUGCUCUGAAGCGAGCGAACGAAUUUAUUGAGGUUGAUAAAAAAGAAGAAGCUCUUGCGGCACUUCGUGAUGUUAUCAAGAGCAAGAAGCAUCGCACCUUGCAAAAAAUCCACGAACAAAUCCUGUUCAAAUAUGUUGAACUUUGCGUUCACCUCCGGCAAAGCCAUGAGGCCAAAGAAGGCCUAUACCAAUACAAGAUCAUAUCUCAACAAGUAAAUGUUGCAUCUCUCGAAGAGGUAGUCCGCUAUUUUCUAAAGCUGAGCGAAGAAAAAGCAGAGAUGGCUCAAAAAGAGUCUCGUGAGAAAGUUGAUGUCGAGGAUCUUGAACAAAUUCAUACCCCUGAAAGCAUCUUGUUGAGUUAUGUCAGUGGUGAGGUUAGUCAAGAUCGUGUUGAUAGGUUAAUGGUCACACCAUGGGUGAAGUUUUUGUGGGAAGCUUAUCGUAAUGUACUGGAAUUGUUGCGCAACAAUGCUCGGGUUGAAAAACUGUACCAUGAAGUCGCACAACAAGCCUUCAAGUUUUGCCUUAAGUACACAAGGAGAACUGAAUUCCGAAAACUUUGUGACAACCUGCGAAACCAUCUCACCUUAAUCAUACGCCAUCAAGGUCAGAAUAAUGCUAUUGAUCUGAACAACACAGAUAGCAUUCAAAUGCAUCUCGAGACCAGGCUCUCUCAAUUGGAUAGUGCCAUUUCCAUGGAACUAUGGCAGGAAGCCUUCAAAGCUGUCGAAGAUAUUUAUAAUCUGAUGCAGUUAGCAAAGAAGACUCCAAAACCGCAACUGCUUGCGAAUUAUUAUCAAAAAACUGCGUUGGUUUUCUGGAAAUCUCGUAAUUACCUUUAUCAUGCUGCUGCGUUGCAACGAUUGUUCGUUCUCUGUCGUGAACAGAAAAAGACCAUUACAGCAGAAGAAAUUCAGAAAAUGGCGUCCCGACUUUUGGUGGCCGUGUUGUCCAUUCCGUUACCACCCCCACAGACGGAAUCGGAUAAAUAUUUAAUGUUCGAUGAAGUUGCCCGAGAGAAAUCGAGGCGUCUGGCUACACUGCUAGGGUUGCAAACGGUUCCAACGCGAAAGAAACUUGUCAACGAUCUUAUUAAAUUGAACGUCAAAGAUUUUGUUAUGCCCGAGAUCAAGAACUUGUACAAAUGGCUUGAACAAGAUUUCGACCCGCUGAAUCUCUGCAAAAAUGUGGAAAGUGUGACGGACAUUUUGAAGGAAAUCGAGGACUUGAAUACAUACGUUAAACCGCUUCAAGAUCUUGCUGUCGUGAAACUUCUUAAUCAGGUGUCUCAAGUUUACCAAACCAUUUCCAUUCCGAAGUUACGAAAUCUUGCAGCAUUCACUGACGGUUUCGACUUGGAAAAAGUGAUCGUAGAGGCUGCCAAACGCAACAAUCUACAAGUUCUCAUCGAUCAUCGCUCGGACGCUGUCAGUUUUCGAUCAGAUCUCAGCGUCGAUCAGAAAGAGGAAGUCAUGGAAGGUCCGUGUUUUCAGUCGCUCUCGUCGGAAAAAAUACGAAGUCAACUGAUUUACAUGUCUCAAGCACUCCACAAAGCCAUAGAGAUCCUCCAACCUCCAGAGAUUUUGAUGGAGCGCUCAAAAAUGUUGGAAAGUGCUUUGGCUGCGUACGAACAAACUUCAAAACGAGAGCAUCAGGAAAUGUUGAAGAGAAAGACAAUGAUCGAAAAAAGGAAAGAACACUUGGAGAAUUUGAGCAUCAAAAAGGAGAAAGAGGAACAGGCCGAACGCGAUAAGCAACGAGACAAGGCGAAGGCUGCCGAACGUAAACGUCUCGAAGAGGAAGCGUCUAUGCGCGAGGAGAAACGAAAACAACGAGAGUUGCAAGAAAUCGAAAAGAAGCAGGCGUUGGAAAAGAUUGCCGCUUUAAAGAAAACCACCGUUGGCGCCAGAGCUUUGAAAAAUCUUACCGAGCAGGAAAUCGAAGAAAUGGACGCAGACGACAUAAUGGCUCGUCAGGUGGAACAGUUGGACAGAGAGAAACGCGAUAUGCAAAAUAAACUAAAGCUUCAAGAGAAAAGGGUCGAUCACUUUGAACGAGCAAAGAGGCUCGAGGAGAUACCGUUGUUGACGAAGCAGUAUGAAGAGUUCGUUGUAGCUGAUGAAAAAUUCUGGGAUGAAGAACAGGAUGAAAAGAUUAAAACGGCAGUACGUGAACGCGAGAAAGCCGUAGAAAUGAAGAAUAGGCUGUUGAGGAUCCUGGGUGACCGUGAUGUAUUCCUCGAGAAAUUGGAAGAAACCAGAAAAAAGGCUCACGAUCUAAAAAAUGCAGAAUUCGAGGAGGAAUUGAACGCCAUACGAAAGGAACGCUUGAAUAAAAGACGGUUGGAUCGUAUGCGGGAAAGAAAAAUGAAAUAUCUGCAGGAAAAAGAGGAGGAAAGACGCAAAGCCGAAGAAGAGCGUAUACGCAAAAAGAAAGAAGAGGAAGAAAGAAUUGCUCGUGAAGAGAAGGAAAAGAAAGAAGCGGAAGAGAAAGAAAGAAAGGCGAAACUUGAUGAAAUUGAAAGAAAGAAAAGAGAAAAAGAACGAGAGAUUGAAGAAAAAGAAAAGAGGAAGGAGGAAGAUGCUCUGAAGGAACGUGAAGAAAGGACGCGAUCUUCUCGUGAAGAUGAAGGUUCGUGGCGUAAAUUGGGACGUGAUGGUAACGAUCGGUGGCGAAGAGAUGGAGAUCGUGCUAUGGAUCGUGGAGGCUGGGGUAGAGAUGAGGAUCGUGAGCGUGGAUGGGGUCGCGAGACCGAACGCGAACGAGAUGGCGGUGGACGAUUUGGGGGCCGAGAGGAAAGAGUUGGUCGUGAAGAUAGGGGUGGUCGUGAUGACCGAGGUGGUCGUGAUGGUUGGGGUGGCCGUGAUGACCGAGGUGGUCGUGAUGAUAGGGGUGGCCGUGAUGAUAGAGGUGGUUGGGGUGGCCGUGAUGACAGAGGUGGCCGUGAUGAUAGGGGUGGUCGUGAUGGUUGGGGUGGUCGUGAUGAUAGAGGUGGUCGUGAUGAUAGGGGUGGUCGUGAUGAUAGAGGUGGUCGUGAUGAUAGGGGUGGCCGUGAUGAUAGGGGUGGCCGUGAUGAAUGGAGUGGCCGUGAUGAUAGGGGAGGUCGUGAUGAACGCGGAUGGGGGCGUGAUUCUGAACGUGAUCGAGGUGGUGGAUAUACACGUGAUCGCGACAUGGAUCGUGAUCGUGAUGGAGGUCGCCCCUGGGGAAGAGAGCGCGAUCAAGGUCGUUCUUGGGGUCGUGAUCAGGAACGUGAUCGUGGUGGUUGGGGUCGUGAUCAAGACCGAGGACCACGUGGACGAGACGAGGAUCGUGAUCGAAUGUCGUGGGGUCGAGAUCGUGACGGGCCACCUUCUAGAGGUGGAUUUAGAGAAGAUCCAUGGCGGGGUGGUAGAGGUCCAACUAGAGAUGAUCGUGGGCCGCCUCCCCGAGGUGAUGAUCGCUAUCAAGAUGAUAGAGGUCCCCCCCGCAGGCCAGAUGACAGGGAAGGUGGGGGACGUUGGAGGAACAGAGAGGAUGACAGGGAUUCAGGGGCAUGGCGACGUGAUGCACCUCCUGCUGGACGCUCGGAAGGUCGAUCUUGGUCGGCCGCUCGAAAGGGUGGAAGCGCUGCUACAAACAGCGGAGACAGAGAACGAAAACCAGAUGGGGAUGGCAGUGAUGGUUGGACUACAGUCAGUGGUCGUUAGGUGCUUUUGAGUACUCAUCAAAUAUCUUAGGAGAGUUCUUUAUUCAUUAAUAUUGUCCAUGAUUGGUUGAUCGAUGCAGAUAAUUUGAUGAAAAGCAGUUCAUGUAGGUGUUAAUCUAAUGAUUCCAUGAAUUAAAUCACCGACUUUCUAAAUUAAAUAAUCAUUUACAAUA